CACACACACACACUACAGCACCUGAGGGUUCGAGACGUGGAGAAGAGCUUCAUGUCCUCUAGACACACCUUCGCACUCUACAGCACCGAGCAGAGGAACGUGUAUAAGGACUGGCGUCAUCUGGAGUUGUCCUGUGACACUCAAGAGGAGGUGGACAGCUGGAAGAGCUCACUGCUGCGCGCCGGAGUCUACCCAGAAUGCAACAGCAACGCCAGCGAGGAUGGCGAGGGCGCGUGCUCGGACCCCCAGCUGGAGCGACAGGUGGAGACGAUACGGAACCUGGUGGACUCGUACAUGACCAUCGUUACCAAGACGAUACGGGACAUGCUGCCCAAGACCAUCAUGCACCUGCUCAUCAACAAUGUGAAGGAGUAUAUCCGGUGUGAGCUGCUCCCUCAGCUGUAUGCUCUGGGUGGUGACCGGUGA